AUGGCCAGUUCAAGUCAAAUACAUGCUGAGGCGACUGGAACUGAUAAUGAAAUUCGAAUGGUUCUACUCGGUAGAACUGGCACAGGCAAAAGUUCAGUUGGUAACACCAUUCUUGGCGGAAAAUUUUUUGUGGCAAAGAAGGCUCCAGUUGGUGUCACAACCCAAUGUGCUUCUGGUGCUCGGGAUUUUGAAAAUAAAAGAUUAUUUAUUGUCGAUACACCCGGAUUUCUUGAUCCCAAUAUAGAAGACGAAGUAAUACAGCAAGAAGUUGGUAAAUCAUAUCAAUUAACAGCGACUCCUGGACCACAUGUUUUCUUACUUGUACUUGAACCGGCAAGAAUGACAGAUCAAGAAGCUGUAGCAACUGAUUAUCUUAGCAAAAUCUUUGGUCCAAAAGCAGUUCACCAUACGAUCAUCAUUUUCACUCAUGGGGAUGUACUUGAGGAAGAAGAAAAUACAUUAGAUGGCUAUCUAUCACAAUUACCAACCAAUGCUCCGCUGAGAAAACUUCUUGAACAAUGCGGUCGACGCUAUUUGUGCUUUAAUAAUAAGGGAACGGAACAGGAAAAAAAUGAGGCUGUCAGAAGUUUAUUUGAACGGAUCACAGCUAUGAUGUCGAACAACCAUGAUAAAGUAUAUACGACGGAUACAUUUGUGGCUCUUGCCAAAGAGAUUGCAAAAGAAAAAGCCAAAGGAACCUUCAAUCCAGUGAAACCCGACGGAUCCUAUGCUUUACUUCCGCAAACGAAAGAGAUUGUUAUCGAUGGUUAUCUGCGUCGGACUGUCGGCAGAAGAGCCAAUUAA